GUUUUGAACCACAGCAGGAACCUGCAUCCUCCUCGUGAGACCGAGCUGCUUCACCUCUGCUUCCUCUGAGGGAACUCUCUUCAUGUCUCCAUAACUCCUGCUCCGUGAGUUUCACCUCGUCACAACGUGUUCCUGUGUGAACAACCGAGCUCCUCAUCUACUGCACAGCAGGAGAACACCAUGGACCUCCACAAGAUCAUCCACAGCGCCAUGCACGAAUUUAUUCAGACUUACAUCCCGGACGCAGAUCUCAGCACACUGGACGAUGUACUUUUGUCAUACAUCACUGCAGUCCUGGAGGAUCUUGGUUCCCAGCAGAGUGUGGAGGAGAACUUUGAUGUGGAGGUCUUUGUAGAGAUGUUAGAGGCUUACAUACCUGGUUUUGCUGAUAUUGACAGUGUAAAAGUCUGUGAAAUGAUGUUUAACGUGGCUUCAAAACUAGCCUCUGCUCGGACCUCAGCUGUUGAAGACAAGGGUGCCCCUAAAUCCAGGACGGAUGAUAUUUCAUUGAAAAUCACUACCCUGCCCAAUGAACCUCCACCAGAGAGAGAAGCACAGUGCAGAGAAACACCAACAGAGGGCGCCACCGCCAAGGUAUCAGUGUCCAAAUGGGAGGCCCAGGAGCAGCACCUGCUGGAGAUGUUUCCCAAGUGUAGUCUGUCGGAGGCUCGUAGUGCCCUGUGCAUUGCCAUAGGAGACAUGGAGGAAGCUGUGCGUCUCAUCAUAGAGGGCGAUAUCCAACUCAACCCUUCUCCUCUUAAUGUAAAUCAUGGGAAAAGUAGUUCUUCAGUGGCGGACCAUAAACUUAAAGAGAGCAUCCUUGAGAAGUACAUGCAUGUGGACAGAGAGGAGGACAAAAAAACUCACCGACCUGUCCCCCCCAAAGAUGCUCCAAAGAAGCUAGUGCGGUACCACGGCAACCAGGUGGUCACAACCAAAGGUGAGAGGUUUCAGCUUGUGAAGACAAACGAGACAGAGGACAUGAAGAAGACGUAUGUCAACCUCAAGCCUGCACGGAAAUACAGAUUCCAUUAAUGAUGAGCACAUCAGCGUAGUACUGACAAUAUUGUUUACACUGUAUUGUUUACCAUUUUUGUUAGUUGGUGUCAGUGGCUUAUUUUAAAAACGUUACCAUUAUUUGCCUUGGUUAAAUCAUGACAUUAGUGUUCCUGUUCUAUCACAGUUUAUUUUGUGAGAAACUUUUGAAAUCGUGUGAUAUUUUGGUGGGGAUGUUGUAACUUAUAUUCUAGUUUCUGUAACAACCUGAUCUAUCGACAUUUUGCCAUCUCAGCAGGUCUGAUGUUGCACUGACGUUCUCGUUUCUUUUUAAACACAUCUUUUCUAUCGUUCUAUUGAUGUUGUAUUUUAACUUAGUACAAUCUAGAUUCAUAACUCGGAUAAAUCUGUUUUCCUUUUUGUAGAUACGUUCAAGUGAUACUGUAAAAUUUACGAGGUAGUUAGUUACGACUCACAGCGGUUUGUUUAUGUACAUAUUAAAUCAUUGAUGCCAACUUUUAAAAUUCUAUUUUUUACAUCAUAGAGGAAUAGUGCUGUGAAAAUGUUUGGUCGGGCUUGUGGACAAUUUGUUGUGCUACAAAAUUAUUUUCAGAUCACACAUAAACAAGACAUUUGUUCAGCCAGUAGCCGCAGGUUGUCAUCACCUAAUACGUUGACUCCAUUGGUUGAAUAACACCAUUCAGUUUAAAGUACUUUACUCAUGAUAGAACCUUUAUUGUUUACUUACAGAGGCAUUACUGUACAGUACUGAAUAAUUGGCAUGAUGAAGAGUAACUGAAUUAUCUGGAUAUCUUUGCUGAACAAAUCAUUUUUCUCUCAUGGCCCAGUCGCACACACCAAUGUAACAGUGGUGAAACCUUCGCCUCCCAGUUCACUUCCAAUCAGCGCGAGCAGGAGGACCAAUAAAACAUUUGCUUCCUAUUCGCUUCGCACUCGCAUGUGUGUGCGAGCCCUCAGUCCAUGUUCCAGGUUUGAGACACUUUAUCCAGAUAACUUUGAUGAAGGAGGUUUUAUGUUUCUGAGGCAGUGGAGAAGUCUACAAGAGGAAGACCAAAGAUUAGUGGUUUUAGUCACCUUCUAUCAAACCACUUAGAGAAAACAAAGGAACAUGUGUGAUAUGCAAAAGUUUAAUACUAUACAAGUUAGUGUUGUUAUUUAUCAUUUCUUAAAUAGGAAAAGUGAAAUUUUAACAUGGCGACUUUGCCUCAAACUAUCCAAAAGUGACCAGACUUGAGUGUCCUACGGUUAUGUUAAUAUCUGUUUGUGACACAGCUAAGGUUUCUUGUAUUUUCACACAUAUUAAAUACGAUUUAGUUACUCUAUCAAGAUAGUCUGUAAAUUACAUUUUUUGCACAAAAAAUUAAACAAGCACAGCACUAUAAAUUCUGACACAAUUAGGUGGAGGUCAGGGGUUAGGGGCUCUAUCUUAAAAUUCACUCCAACAGUAUUGUCUUUAUCUUUGAUAUCAACAUUUAGAUUCUCCAAAGCUCAUGUUAUGUGUUUACCGUGAGGAGGCACUGUUGUGUGAUUUCAGGGUCACAUGAUGCUACUGAAGUGAUCCUCGCCCGUCUUUCAUCUCAUGUAUGUUCUGUGAACUUGUGAAGUUUUAAUUAUUAUUAUGACUGGGAUCUUAUUUCUUGUUUAUUAGCUAUAUUAGAAAUGUUAGGAUGUUCAGGUUGUUUUUUUAACUGACAUAUACCAGUUGUUAAUUCCCCUCUACAUCUAUUCAGAGGAACUAUAAGCUAUUGUUUUUGAUUUGUGGUAUAAUAUCGUUUUCCUGAGUGUUGAUGUAACACAAUCAAGUGUUUAAAAAGAUGUGUUUUUGCUGAUACUUGUCAAUAUCAGCAGCAAUGUGGUCUUUACCUAUGAUAUAUUAUGUUACUAUAGAUCAUGGAACAGGUUUACUGGAGCUGAUCGGUCACAACUGUGUUUUAACUCCUCGCUUUCAGAAACCGCUGACGCACAAUUUAUAGUAAAUAAAUACUAGCUUUUGUAGA